UGUCCAAUUGCACACUUCCGGUCUGCGAAUUGUUUGAAGAGUCCCGCAAAUUAGUAAAUUUUGAGUAUUUACAAAGUUGAGAAACCACUGUAAAUAUUGGAAUGUGGAUCUGAAUAUUCAACACGACUGGGAUCUAAAAAACUAUGGAAGAAUUACACAUGAAAAGGAAGUACAAAGAAGAAAUUGUUGAUGGUGCAUUUAGUGGAGACAAGUAUUGCAAAUGGACAAAUAUGGGGGAUCCUCCACCAGAUGGCACUGGUACAAUGUACAAUGUGGGACAAAAUUCUUUACCUAUGGUGCAAAAUGGUAUGAUGGCUGGAUAUCCUGCUCCUAAGCAAGAGAACCAAUGCAAUACAAAUGGAGCACCAGUAAAUGCAUAUCAUUAUGGAUACAGUCCUAGUCCCCCAGUGCCCUAUUCUUCCCAACAGAUGUAUUCCAAUAAUGGACUUGUACACCCUCCACAGUCUCUCAGUAGAGAAGAUCAGCACUUCCAGUAUCAACAGCAUUAUAACCCAACUGAAGGUGCAGGACAAUACAAUUAUAACCAGGUCCAAAACCAAGUAGUGCCACAACAGAAUAGUUCAUGGGCACCAAGUGGUCAUAUUUCUUCUGCCAAUAUGGAGUUUAGAUCCUCUGUUUCUACAAUGCACCAAAUGUCACCUGAUGGUAGAAGAGAGAAUGCGCUUAUUUAUAAUGCUGGAAUGCAGGAGUCUCAACAGAACAGUGCAAUGUCAUAUUCUUCUAUGUAUUUACCUACUAAUGCACCUGGCUAUACACAAAUAAAACAAGAGCAACCUAGUCAGCCAAAUGGGUAUUAUCAAGGGGUUUCCAGAAUGACACCAAGCAUGAGUUACUAUGGAAAUACACAGCAGGAGUUAGAGCAGAGAAACCUAAUGGCAAAUUCUCCUGUCCCAGCAACUUAUCAAGUGGACAGUUUUCCUGGGUCCUGGGGUGCACAACCAAAGAUAAACAGUCAACAGCAGGGCAAUGUAUUAUUCAGUGGUAAUCUCAAUGCACAUAACUCUAUGCCCAACAGCAUGGUAUCAGCAGGACAGUAUAGCCAAGUCUUCCAAAGCAAUAAUCCACAAGAGAACAACAUCAGUUUUAAAAAUGAACCAUUCAUGAAUUUAUUGCAAUCUAAUAAUUAUGGGUCUCAGCCUGAAAUAAGAGGCACUGAACCACAGUAUAACUGUGGACAGAACUCUAAUGUCUCACUACAGAACUGUUCACAGAUGCCUGCAAAUAACACAUCCGAAAGAUUUCUUGGGGGUGUGAAACAAGAAUUCUCCACCCAAAGCCCUCUCUGGGCAGCAGAUGGCCCCAUGCCUAAAUGCAUCCCAGACACAAAUUUAUCCAUUGAGAUGAACAGCAGAAAGAUUCCCUAUUACAAUCAUGCUACCAUCAACAUAGCUGAGGAGUUUCUCAAGAUUGAGUUGGAUUUGUGCAGAACUUUGUGUCAGAUUCCAGUGGGGGAACCAGUGACUCAUAUCUACAAUCCACUAGAGUAUGCUUAUGAACCACAUUCAAACUUUGUCCAGAAGUACUGUACCUCCACGAGGCCAGUCUUGUUUCUAGGGAUGAACCCAGGACCAUUUGGGAUGGUUCAAAAUGGGAUUCCAUUUGGUGAAGUGAGCAUGGUUAAAAACUGGCUGAAAAUCUCUGGCACAGUGUACAAGCCACAGGUGGAGCAUCCACAGCGUCUCAUAAAGGGGAUGGAAUGUACCAGGAGUGAGGUCAGCGGUGCAAGGUUUUGGGGAUUUCUAGCAAAAGUGUGCAAGGAACCAGAAGUCUUCUUUCAAAACUGCUACAUACACAAUCUCUGUCCACUUGCCUAUAUGUCCAAGACUGGCAAAAAUAUCACUCCUCCACAAUUGAAAGUGGCUGUGAGGAAGUCUGUCAGCCAGGCAUGCGCCACAGCAUUUUGUAGAGUGGUAAGGCUCUUGGAUGCCAAAAUUAUAAUUGGCAUUGGGCGCUAUGCUCAGCAGAGUGCACAGACUGCCUUACAGGACCACGGCAUUGAGGGGAUCCGAGUGGAGAGCAUCAUGCACCCCAGUCCCAUCAACCCAGCUGCCAAUAAAGGAUGGGAAGAUAUAGUUGCCAAACAGCUGGAGGAGAUGGGUUUAAUGCAAUACCUAACUGGAAGGAAUCCCACUUCCUGAUACUGAAUCAUGGGGCAGCCAGGAGCUAUACAGCUGAUCACAUGUGACUUGAAGCAACAGUUUUUGAAGUCAUAAAACAUAUGCCUAGAGCUACACACCUGUAGUCACAUCAGAGCAGUAUGUUCUUUGGAUAAAACAGGCCAUAAACUGCAUUGAAAUGAGUGUUUUUGUUACCAGUCCCAAAAUAAUUGCUUUAACGGGUAUCACACUGUCAUUAAUUUUGAUGAUCAAAACCACUUUAAUGUAUUGUAAUUGUAACAUAAAAUGGUACGUAUAGUACUGUUUCAAUAACUUGUUUUUACUUAGUUAAAAAUAGACAUUUGUUUUAAAGAAUCAUGCAGCUAUCACUUUAGUGACUUAUUUGUGUAAGUACAGAAUUUGUAGGGAUAUGACAAUUUAAAGUGUAAUUUUUAGGAUUUUUUUUAUUUUAUACACAUUUUUGUUAGCAUAGUUGAUGUAGUCUAAAAUGGGUGCUGUAUGAAUGUUUUUAUUACAAGUAUAAAGAAGCAACAGUAACAAGAUA